CAUGACGGGCCCCGGCUGGCGUGCUUUUCCAGCUGCUCUUUUGUGCUUCUGUUUCGUAGCAUCGGUUUGCGCAGAAGACCAAUCAGCUGGGCGAAGGGAGGCUUCCCUCGGAGGCCUUCCCUUGACCCUCGACCAGCCUUUCGUCUACGAGAAUGGCGAGAAAUGCGGGGCCGACACUGGAUGCCUGACCUACACCUCGAUCGGCGAGCGCGCCGGCGAGGACGCCCUGGGCGCCUUCUAUGAGGCCGCGGAGUGGACGCGGACGCAGGCGGGCACCACGGUCAUCUUCGCCAGCAGGACCUACGGCGACGGCACGCAGGUCUUCAAGCAGGAGUUCCCCGACGGUCUCAAAGGCACAAGCACGGGCAACAAGGACCUCGUUAGCACAGCCUACCCGCGCGUGGUGCUGUCAGCUGCCCCCGACCUGCGCUUCGUCACUCCGGGCGGGUACAUGGCCGGCUGGACGCUCCUGGCGCAAGGAAGCACCCGCUCGGACCUGGCCCGCUUCCGCGACGGCGAGGACGGCGGCGUGGUCGUCCUUUACCGCGCGUCCGACUCCAACGCGACGGACAGCGCCGUCCUCUCGGCCCUCUCGAACGCCAUGGCCGUCAGCGUGAGCCUGGACCCCGAGGCCUCGAGGCUGGACUGGGGGGUGCAGGGGCUCGCCGAGGAAAUCCCGCCGGGCUUCUCCCUCGAGGUCAUCCUCCAUCCCCAGUCCCAGUCCGUCGUCAGGAAUAUCAUGUCCUGGGGAAUGGCCCUGAAGAAGUACCAUUCCACCGUGAAGAUACCAGACCCGACGGCCGAGUACCUGAGCUAUUACACUGAUAACGGAGCCUACCAUUACUACAACCCUCUCCCCUUCGCCAACUUCCGCGAUGCUGUUCUGGAUGUGUACAACCACUCGGUGCAGAAUGAUGUUCCCAUUAGGUACCUCCAGCUGGACUCCUGGUGGUACCACAAGGGGGAGGGGGGAGGCGUCAAGAACUGGACGGAGAUACCAUACAUCAUCCCCGACGGUAUUGGUAACCUCUACGAAACCACCGGCUGGCCCAUCAUCGCUCACAAUAGGUACUUCAGCAGCGAUACCGACUACGCGCGCCAAAAUGGAGGUUUGUGCUGUUGCGCCCUACACACCGAAGUCGACUUAGCGGGGAAAUGGCUCGACCAGAUGGGCGGGGCUGCCCUCGAGCGCGGAGUCAGUGUCCAGUACUGCAUGUCCCUCACGCGCCACCUUCUGUAUUCCGUCACCCUGCCCGCCGUCACGCAGAUACGAGUCAGCGAUGAUUAUAUGCUCAGUCCGGACCAGUGGCGCAUCGGCGUGACAAAUCUCCUCGCCUACGCCCUCGGUCUCAAGCCCUUCAAGGACGUGUUCUGGUCCUCGAAGGAGAAUGCCAACAACUUCUUCAAGGACUGCGAUCUGGCCCUUCCCGAAAGCAUCUGGCACCCCUUGGCACUCAGGCACAGAUACGGAGGAAGGAUCAACGUUACGGCGUCCGGCAAGGCGUGCGUGGCGUGGGCGGACUUCGGUUGGGAUGACAAGUACUACGGUAGCGGCAUGGCCCUGAACCUCUGCCGCAACCCAGAGGACUUGAGGGACCGCCCCUUCUGCUACACGAAGGCGGGCUUUGAUAUCCCCGAAGAGGAGUGGGAGUGGGAGUACUGCGCCGCCCCCGUCUGCGACGUCGACUGCUACUUCGGCAACGGAGCCUUCUACAUCGGCGGCCACAACGUGACGCAGAGCGGCCUCUCGUGCGUGGACUGGGCGGGCGAGUUCGACCUCUCCGGCGCUCGCUGCCGAAACCCCGAUGGCGACGUCGCCCCCUGGUGCUUCGUCGCGGAGGACCACUCGCAGCGGGACUACUGUGACAACGAGUGCCCCGAGGCCGUCGAGUACAGCCCCGAGCUGCAGAGCGCCGUCUCGACCCUCGCCGGAGGGCCUCUGGGCGUGGGCGACAAGGCGCAGAACCUAAACGUCGAGCUCAUCAUGAAGUCGUGCAACAAGGAGGGCCUGCUCCUCCACCCGACGAAGCCCGCGACGGUCAUCGACCUGUACUUCAUGUCGCCCGAAUACCGGGAGGUCUGGACGGGAUACAGCACCGUCGGCGAAUACACCUUCGGCUUCAUCUUCCUGGCAGAGGUCGAGAAGCCCUUGUCUCUCUCGAGCUUCGACCUCAACCUCGACGAAGCCUUCCGCUCCGACGUCCUCCUGUGGCAGAAUUACCCGGAGGGAUCCUCGCACCAGCAGCUCGUCGGGGCAGGCGAGGGCGUCCUCCUCCCGCCGUGUGGAGGCUUCCUCAACUUCUGCCUCUUCUACACGUCGCCUGCCAUCAACGCGGGGGGCAAGGACCUCUUCAUCCCUCUUUCUUUGUCUUUUGUUGCACGAAAGUUUUCUGUCGUUCAAGAUAAUUUCUUUAUUUACUCCUUUCCCCCUCAACCCUUGCCUACCUCCCUCGGGAAGCGCGUAGCUCAGGCCCCGCGAAGGAUGGCCCGAGCGCAGAGCAGUCUUCGCCGUGAGAGGAGCCCUUGUCGCCUCGCCGCCGUGUUACUGGGCGGAGGAGGCGCGCGGUGUGCUCGGCGGCGGCUCGGCUCGGAACAAAAGACCGCUUUGGAUUUUAAAGAUGGUGCGGCGGAACUGAGACUAUCAAGGGCAUUGUGGAAAUCGUUACGAGUAGUGGUGUUCGACGGUGCUGUGUUACAAGCAUGCGAGUUACAUGACGACGGUGCUUUAACUCGUGUUACAAGCGUUACGAGUAGUGGUGUUCGACGGUGCUGUGUUACAAGCAUGCGAGUUACAUGA